AUGGCAUUUGCAGCAAUCAUCAUAUCUUUUAUACUUUGCAUUGGAUCUCCCUCCCCCACACUAGCAAACCCAUCUAGCAUCAUAACCGAGUCUGUGUUUAGGCAGUUCUUCCCAUCCAACGUUGCCAAUCCUUUCUAUACCUAUAGUGAUUUCAUUGCUGCAGCAAAUGGCUUUCCUGCUUUUGGAAGCACAGGGAGUCUUGAUGUUCAAAGGAGGGAACUGGCUGCGUACUUUGCAAAUGUGAAGCAGGAGACUGGAACACUGCAAUUCAUUCGAGAGAUCAACCAAAACAACGUCUAUUGUGACACUAGAGGUGGAGUUUCAUGUCCGGCAGGCGCUAUGGCUUAUUAUGGAAGAGGUCCUCUGCAGCUCACUUGGAAUUACAACUAUGAUGCCGCGGGAAGGGCUUUCAAUAUGAACCUUCUCCAGAACCCAGACCAAGUUGCUCAGAAUGGCUUACUUGCAUGGAGGGCAUCAGUGUGGUUUUGGAUGCAAAACUCGAAUUGCCACACCGCAAUAACACAGAAUCAAGGAUUUGGAGCUACAAUUCGAGCCAUCAAUGGAGUGCGAGAGUGUGGCAUGGGCAGUGAGACACAACCAGCACAAAACCGUAUCAAUUAUUACAGGGACUUCUGCUCACAGUUGGGUGUUUCACCAGGUGAAAACCUUGGUUGUGCUUAAGCUAAAGAUCCAUAAUAUUUCGAAAUAAGUAAGAAACUUCUUAGGGAGUUCAUGGCAAGUCAAUAUGUUCACGGGUGGCACUAACGACUUUGAUAUAAAACCAGCGUAAUUGAUCCAA